AUGACGGGAAAACCACUUGCAGCCCUCACAGGGAGAAAGUAUGCAGUCGACGGAUGGGACAUGGGGAGAAUGCUCAAAUUCAUAGAGCAGGAGUCCGAGCAGAAGGCACACGAGAUAGACGUGCAGUCGAAUGAGGACUACGGCGUGAAAGUGGCUGAAAUGGCCGUGGAAAGCAUGAAGAGAAUAAACAAGCAGAAGGAGGAGGAGAUAGAGAAAAUCAGAUCCGAAAGAGUCAUAGCCGAGGGAAUUCUCAGGUCUAAGGCCGGCAUAGCAAUAUCCAAGCAGAAGGAGCAGACCAUGAACAGGAUACUCAACAGCGCAAUGGAAAAGUGCAGGAGUAUUCCGCUCAGAAAGUCCCUGGCAGAAGAUGCCAUACGAAGAUACCGGCACGUGUGCCCGAACGAGAAAAUGUUUGUCUAUGUGAAGCAGUCGGAUGCACACCUGCUUAAGAGCAUACUUAAAGAGGGCGAAUAUGCCGUGGAGACGAUGGGAGACAGCCUUCUAGGGGGAAUCGUCAUUCGCAACGAAGACAGGACUGUGCUUAUAAACAACAGCUACCUAGAAAGAAUCCGGUGCAUCGAGAGGGAGGCACACCCGAUAGUGCAGAGGCUAGUGUUUAGUAAAUAA